AUGCCACAUGAAACCACGACCUGUGCAGAAACCCUGUUGGAUUUCGCCUCUCCCGAAUGUUCUGAUGUCCUAACGACAAUGUACCAAGUGGUCGCAUGCUUCUCCGUCUUGACGGCCCGGCCUGAGCAUACCGACGCUCCUCUUGCUGUUGCCCUGCCUACAAUGUACACACUCACUCCAUCCGUCUGUCGCUCUUUCUCGCUCGCUCUUUGUGUGUGUGUGUGUGUGGCUGGGUGGGUGGGUGUCAUACAAUCCACCUCGUUGAAUGAUGAGUCUAGGGACACAAUCAGGUGUAGCGUCGUCCUGGGCCCACUCUCGGAGGUCGUCUGCUCAGGGCGAUCCAACUGGACAGCUUGUGCCGCCUGGUCGCCUGGCGACAUGAAGCCUCGCUUUUAG